AGGGGGCCGCGGGCGCCGGCGGCCGGGCUGUCAGCUCGGGGCUGCCGCCGCGCGAGGAGGCGCGGGAGCCAGGAAGGAGCCGUGGGCUGGGAGCCGCUGUCCUCCCCGCCACCACCGGUGCCGGGCACCAGGUGAAUGCCCCUUCCAUCCCCCGCCCCGGGUGUCUCGGUCCGGUCUGAGGAGACGGGGACCCUUCUCCUCACGCCGGCCGCUGCCGCCGCCGCGCUCCGGAACAGGUGACCGUGGAGGGGAAGUCUCAGCUUCGGCCGCGGCGCCGCGUUCGGGCGCAUCCCAGAUCCUCUUCUAAUGUAGAUGGCUUUCUUCCAAGUGGUGGUGAUGAUGGUGGUGGUAGAGGGAGCUUUGUGAGGAGGAAGACAUAGUGACAGAAAGUUCAGAAUUAAGUCAUUCCAAAGGAAAAUGAGAACUUUCUUCCCCCAGAGGCCUUCCCCUCUGAAAUAGCCCCAUCCAGUCCUUCUGUGGAACUUCUGAACAUCUUUUAUUAGUGGAAAUAUUUUCUACACAAUGAAGUCAACAACUUAAUUUAAACCAGUGUUUGUGCAGUUCUGAUUCAUCUGCUGUGGUUCCCGAAGCUUGAGAUCUAAGGAGUACAGGGUCUUUUGUGAUGACAAUAUGACUAAUAGUAAAGGAAGAUCUAUUACUGAUAAAACAAGUGGUGGUCCAAGUAGUGGAGGAGGUUUUGUAGAUUGGACUUUACGUUUAAACACAAUUCAAUCUGACAAGUUUUUAAAUUUACUCUUGAGUAUGGUUCCAGUGAUUUACCAGAAAAACCAAGAAGACAGGCACAAAAAAGCAAACGGCAUUUGGCAAGAUGGAUUAUCAACUGCAGUACAGACUUUUAGUAAUAGAUCUGAGCAACACAUGGAGUAUCACAGUUUCUCAGAGCAGUCUUUUCAUGCCAAUAAUGGGCACGCAUCAUCAAGCUGCAGCCAAAAGUAUGAUGACUAUGCCAAUUAUAAUUACUGUGAUGGAAGGGAGACUUCAGAAACCACUGCCAUGUUACAAGAUGAAGAUAUAUCUAGUGAUGGUGAUGAAGAUGCUAUCGUAGAAGUGACCCCAAAAUUACCAAAGGAAUCCAGUGGCGUCAUGGCAUUGCAAAUACUUGUGCCCUUUUUGCUAGCUGGUUUUGGAACAGUUUCAGCUGGCAUGGUACUGGAUAUAGUACAGCACUGGGAGGUGUUCAGAAAAGUUACAGAAGUUUUCAUUUUAGUCCCUGCUCUUCUUGGUCUCAAAGGGAACUUGGAAAUGACAUUGGCAUCCAGAUUAUCCACUGCAGUAAAUAUUGGGAAGAUGGAUUCACCCAUUGAAAAGUGGAACCUAAUAAUUGGCAACUUGGCUUUAAAGCAGGUUCAGGCAACAGUAGUUGGUUUUCUAGCAGCUGUGGCAGCAAUUAUAUUGGGCUGGAUUCCAGAAGGAAAAUAUUACCUUGAUCAUUCCAUACUUCUGUGCUCUAGCAGUGUAGCAACUGCCUUCAUUGCAUCUCUUCUGCAGGGAAUAAUAAUGGUUGGGGUUAUCGUUGGUUCAAAGAAGACUGGUAUAAAUCCUGAUAAUGUUGCUACACCCAUUGCUGCUAGUUUUGGCGACCUUAUAACUCUUGCCAUAUUGGCUUGGAUAAGUCAGGGCUUAUACUCCUGUCUUGAGACCUAUUACUACAUUUCUCCAUUAGUUGGUGUAUUUUUCUUGGCUCUAACUCCUAUUUGGAUUAUAAUAGCUGCCAAACAUCCAGCCACAAGAACAGUUCUCCACUCAGGCUGGGAGCCUGUCAUAACAGCUAUGGUUAUAAGUAGCAUUGGGGGCCUUAUUCUGGACACAACUGUAUCUGACCCAAACUUGGUUGGGAUUGUUGUUUACACGCCAGUUAUUAAUGGUAUUGGUGGUAAUUUGGUGGCCAUUCAGGCUAGCAGGAUUUCUACCUACCUCCAUUUACAUAGCAUUCCAGGAGAAUUGCCUGAUGAACCCAAAGGUUGUUACUACCCAUUUAGAACUUUCUUUGGUCCAGGAGUAAAUAAUAAGUCUGCUCAAGUUCUGCUGCUUUUAGUGAUUCCUGGACAUUUAAUUUUCCUCUACACUAUUCAUUUGAUGAAAAGUGGUCAUACUUCUUUAACUAUAAUCUUCAUAGUAGUGUAUUUAUUUGCCGCUGUGUUACAGGUAUUUACCUUGCUGUGGAUUGCUGACUGGAUGGUCCAUCACUUCUGGAGGAAAGGAAAGGACCCGGAUAGUUUCUCCAUCCCCUACCUAACAGCAUUGGGUGAUCUGCUCGGGACAGCUCUGUUAGCCUUAGGUUUUCAUUUUCUUUGGCUUAUUGGAGAUCGAGAUGGAGAUGUUGGAGACUAAUAAAUUCUACAAACUGCUCUCAAGUUACCAAGGAAGAAAAUACACGACAACCACUUAUGGCUCUUUUUCAAAACUCUUAAAUCAGUAAUUUGACUUUUGCCAGGGUAAUCUUCAGUUGGCCCUGAUUCAAUUAAAUGGCCUCAAUUUUUUUUUAAGGAAUUUGUGUCAAAACCAGAAUGAAGAGUAUUUGUGCUGCUUUUCAUAGAAUAAAUGAUAAUUUGACAUAGACAUAGAUAUAAGUUCCAGCUCUGAAAUUAAUUAGGAAAGAAUAUAGGAUGUUUACAGUGAAUAAUUUUAAAACCACGACAUAGCAGAAAUGUACUUUAUUAUUAAAUUUGUAAUGCAGGAUUAGAAGAAGCAGAGCUCUAGUUUAGCCUUUCUUGUCUCACAGAUGUGCUGUAUCCCAGGCAUACUAUAAAACAAAGGGUGCCCAACCAAGCUUUGAAUCGUAUUAACAAUGCCAACCUCUAUGCUAGCUGAGGAUAAAUUUACCAAUUGCUCAUAUUUAAACUGACCUAAAUAUAUUUUGCUGAGCAUAAGAUAAACUCACUUUUACCUCCAUCUAAAAUUACCCUGUGCCGAUGCCAAUUCAAUUUCAGUUCUGCAAGUUCUUGUCAGGCUAACCUUUAAACAUUGAGUGAUCUUGAGAGAUUGUUAAUGAAAGCAGUGAGUCAUUUUUUGAUGAUAGAUUUGUUGGAAAAAUGUUGAUGUGUUUUAAAAAAUGUAAUCUUCAAAAACAGAAGAUAACCUGAGCUGCAUUUGUAAAGACCAGACGGUACAAGAAUGUGUGUGUGUGUGUGUGUGUGUGUGUGUGUGAGAGAGAGAGACUUUUGAUGAAGAACUAUAUCUUGGAUUGCUGAUAGCAAAGAUCAUAGUGCUGUUGGAAUAUCAGCAAUAUAGAGUUAUUCUUAAACACAUUUUAUUGACAUGUUUUUGUCAUUGGGUCCAAAAAUUUUGCUGCUGACCAGAAUUUACUAUUUGUUACCUAUAUUCUUUUUUUUUUUUUUUUUUUUUUUGAGACAGAGUCUUGCUCUGUCACCCAGGCUAGAAUGCAGUGGUGUGAUCUCAGCUCACUGCUACCUCCGCCUCCUGGGUUCAAGUGAUUCUCCUGCCUCAGCCUCCCGAGUAGCUGGGAUUACAGGAAUGCACCACCACGCCCAGCUAAUUUGUUACCUACACUCUAAUUAAUAAUUUCUUAUUUUAAAAAGUAGUACUAUUUAAUAUAAUCAAGAUAGGAGAUUUAAAAUGAGCAAGUGAUUCAUUUGCUCUUUUAAAGAAGCCCGUGACUUACACUUUUAAAAAAGAAGUUGGUGGGUUACCUCAAUUAUUGUUCAUGCUUAAACAUAUCCAUUUUACAGGCUUAUUUCUACAUGGGACCCUAUCAUAUAUACUAUAUUUCUCAAAUAAUUUUUCUAAAACUCUGGCCUAUAUUCUAAACACUUGACCAACACCUUAGUUAUUGAAUAGGUAACCAUUUUUAAAGCACAUGUGGUUCAUUUUUUAAAAUUCAAUCUCUCAAGACCGUUAGAUAUUUAAUAAUUUAAGCUGAUAAGGGUAUCAAAAUGCACAUUAACUUUGAUCAUCAUGAUUUAAGUUGUAACUUUGUGUUAUUAUAUAAAUAUUAGGUUGUUUAUAAGUAUAUUGGGAAAAGUAUUCUUGUUAAGCUCUUUUAAAUGAGGGUUUAGAGUUAUAUAUUUUUGCUCAUUUUUAAACUUUAAUUAUUCCAUUCUUCUGCCUUAUAAUGAAAUUUUUAAGGCAGAGAACUGAACUAAUUAUAGAAUUUCUCCUUUGGAGAGUUAUAAUGUCACAUAGUGAAAAUUCUUAUAAAAGAAAGAAUAAGUUUAAGUUGAUGAAUAUUUAGCUGCAAAGAUUUUUUACUUAAAAAAAAAUCCAUGAAUAAUAUCUUUGAUUUUAUUAUAAAGCAUUUGUAAAUUAUUUGCAUUUGAGCUGUAAGAUUCAUAAACAUUUACAUUUCCCAAUGAUUUCUAUUUUGAUUUUUUAAAAAUAUACAGGGCAAGCUACAUUUUUAAAGCAUUAAUCAACAACUUUAUUGUAUUACACAUUCCAGUGCACACACAAUAUCAUUUAAUAUUCACAGUAGUACCUGUGAAAUAUAUCAGAUGGAUAUUCCUAUCUCUAUUUGCAGCAGAAGAAAUCGACAUUCAGAGAACUUACAUUUCUAAGGUUGUACAGCUGCAAAAUGACCAAAUUGUGAAGUCCCUAACAUCCAGGUUUUCAUAAUGCCAGUACUCUUUCUAUGACACGUUUAUGACCCUCCAAAUGUACCAAAACUACCUAAUUCACAGAGAGGAAGCAAACUGCAAAAAUAGGAUUUUUAAAAGUACGAUAGAGUAUUACUACAUUUUUUCGAUUUCAGACAAAGAAACCUCCAUUUAUUAUAUCCUCAUGGUGAGUAUUGCCAGCUCUAAAUUAUUCAUAUUUCUAAGACCAAGGAAAAUAUAGAUAAAUGAAAAUUUUGAAAUAAAGAACAGUGCCUUAAUUUGUAAAAUCUAUCAUUGCUGCCACCCUGCCCAGGUCUUGCCAUUUGCCAUACAUGCUGGUAAAUAAAUAUAAUGACUGAUAGAGUUCUGUCUCCUUUCUCUUUUGCUACCCAACCUUGGUUAGAGCAACCAAAUGUCUAAAAGGCACGUAAUAGGAGAAAAAAAUAAAAACAUUAGUCACCAAUUCGCCGAUUAUAAAAGGGAUGUAGAUUCCUUUAAAUUAUUACUGACCUUUUGAAAGCCUUCACGUAAGUAUGUAACAGAUAAAAUGACUCAUUUACCCACAACAAUCAUCUAUUAUCAGUCUUAAGUAAUGUUAAUUCACUGUAUUUAUUUUUAUACAACAUAAAAACUUCUGCUUUCCAAACUUCUUCCUUUUCACUAAUUUAUCAGCCACUUUAUUUAUACACAGAUAACACUUUUAAAAACAUUUUUUUCUUGCCCAUUUUUUUCUUUCAAAAAUAAAGUUUCUUAGAACCUGAUAAAAUGGAAACUUAUGGUAAUAUGUCUUCUGGAAGAUGUCCAAAAAUUCCACACCAUAGACUAUCAAUGAUGUAGCCAAAUAAAGGCCAUUCAAAAAAAUCAGUAAUUGGGAUUCCUUGGUAUAGUGUACCCAUUUAUAACGGGGUUCUGCCAUCUUUGAAUUGUUUUAAACUCAAAUAAAGAAUAAAAUUUAAGAAAUAAUUA